GACAGAGAUGCAACAAUGCAUUUUCAACCCUCCAGUCGGGGCAGUCGUGUGGCAAUAAUCCUGGGAUUCAUUGGGGUCGGCGGCGGUGGCGAAUGGCGACGUCGAGCGCGGGGUACAGAGCCUCCGCCCGCGCGCCGCGGCUGCACCGCUCGAGCUGUCAAACCGCCUCGGACGGGCAACCGGCUCGAACGCUCGCUCACCGCACCACAUCGCGAUCGUUCGUUCGCGACUAGUGACAGUGUGUGUUUGUACUCGCAUGACGGACACCACUCGCGGGAGAUGAACGGCAGCACGACCACGGUGAAUGGCGGCGCCGUCAACGGUACCAACGGUAUCAACGGUAUCGGAGCAGCUCCUCGGACAGCCACUCUCGGGACACCGAACAGUUACGCGUACACCUCCAGCGGUUCCUUACUCGGGAGAGGAGGUUCCGCUAGACCGGUACCUCCGCCGACCCUUCCGAAAUAUAGUGGAUCAUUUAGCGCAGGAAGCACACUCAGUGCGACAGGACUUCGAGAACGUGACAGAGAAGGAACAGGUGGCUCUCAUCGACUAGCUAGCCUCGAAAGAUUAGCACUCCGACAGCGCAUCAUAGAACAGAGCUCUAAUAACCAGGUCGGAAGUGUGACAACUAACAGUACCUCUGGCACGAACAGUGGACCCACCUUUGCUACCGUCACCCUUACCGAUACUGCAACGUUGCAAAGUAAGCGCGAGCUGUUCUUCAAAUCGGACACAGUGAGCGGCGGCGGAGUGAGCGCCACGGGGCUACCGUCAGCCGCUCCGCCCGCCCCGCCCGUGGCCCCGUCGGCGCUGAAGGAUGCCCUCGCGAAACGCUCCGCCACGCUGCCCGAGCCGCAAGAGAACAGCCACCACGAGGCAAACGGUACCGCGCCCAAGCUCAGCAACAGCGUGUCGGUGGACGGGGGGCGGACGGCCGCGAUGCCGCCGCAGAUGCCCGCGCCGCCUGUGCCGACCACGGCGCCUCCGCCUGUCACCGCUCCGCUUAGGAGUACAGAGAACAUUAUGAAGAAAUCUGAUCACCCACCAGUUGCGCCAAAACCCGAAUUACCUAAGAUAGAGAAACCCAAGACCAAAGAAUUAGAUGGAUACGUUGGAUUUGCGAAUCUACCAAACCAGGUGUACAGGAAAGCAGUCAAAAAAGGCUUCGAGUUCACACUAAUGGUUGUAGGUGAGACAGGAUUGGGCAAAUCGACAUUAAUAAAUUCGUUGUUCCUCACGGAUGUGUACGAUAAAGACAAGCAUCCGGGCCCGUCUCUGCGCGUGAAGAAAACCGUGGGCGUUGAGACUAGUGUUGUGCUCCUCAAAGAAAAUGGCGUCAAUCUCACACUCACGAUUGUCGACACACCGGGCUUCGGCGACGCGGUGGACAAUAGUAAUUGCUGGCAACCCAUCAUCGAUUUCGUGGAAUCGAAGUAUGAGGAAUUCUUGAAUGCGGAGUCACGAGUGACGCGGAUGGCCGCGCCGCCCGACACGCGCGUCCAUUGCUGCCUGUACUUCAUAGCGCCGAGCGGGCACGGACUCAAACCCCUCGAUGUAGAGUUCAUGCAGCGGCUCGGCGAUAAAGUCAACAUUAUACCGGUCAUCGCCAAGGCCGAUACUAUGACGCCCGAAGAAUGCAAGGAUUUCAAAGAACAGAUCCUGAAAGAGAUAGCACAGCACAAAAUCAAAAUCUACGACUUCCCCGAGAGUACGGGAGAGGAGGGCGAGGGCGCGGAUACCAGCAAAGCGUUGAGGGGCCGCGUGCCCUUCGCUGUGGUCGGUGCUAACACGGUCAUCGAGCAAGACGGCCGGCGGAUCCGCGGCAGGAAGUACCCCUGGGGGAUCGCUGAAGUGGAAAACUUGGAACACUGCGAUUUCUUGGCACUCCGCAACAUGGUGAUCAGGACGCAUCUGCAGGACCUCAAAGACGUGACCAGCUCCGUACACUAUGAGAACUAUAGGUGCCGCAAGCUCGCCGGACUGUCGCACGACGGCAAACCACAUAGGAUGAAUUCCAACAAUUUCUGCCCGCAAGGACUGAUGAACAGUUUCAUGACCGUGUGGAAUCCAUUGGCACAGAUGGAGGAAGAGAAGAGAGAACAUGACUCCAAAAUGAAGAAGAUGGAAAUUGAAAUGGAACAGGUGUUCGAUAUGAAGGUGCGUGAAAAGCGCGCCAAGCUGAAGGAGUCGGAGGUGGAGCUGGCGCGGCGGCACGAGGCCACGCGGCGCGCGCUCGAGGCACAGGCGCGUGAGCUGGAGGAGCGGCAGAGGGCGCUGAUGGCGGAGCAGGCCGCUUGGGAGCGCGAGACCGGCCUCUCGCUCGACGACCUGCGCCGACGCUCACUCGAGGCCAACAGCAAGGAGACGGUCGAUGGCAAGGAUAAGAAGGACAAGAAGAAGAAAGAUUGGUCAUUUAAGAAUGUCACAUCGGGAAUAAGUAUAUAAACCUAAGAGGACACACUAACAAUAAAUUUUUAAACCUUAAAAAUAUUGUAGACCAAUGAAUUAUGUAAAUGCACUGGAGCAACGAUAACAAAAGACUAAAACAUUGUUAUUUUUAAAUUAUUACAAAAACAUUCGUACCAGAUACAUUGGACAGUUUCCCACACUUUAUUUUGCUGACAGAUCUUUAUAAAACAAAUAUAACUGAUUAUAAAUUUUAAAGAGUAAAGUUCAAAUUGACAGACAGAAAUACAUCUUGGCAAAGUCGCAUUUUAGUAAUUCCAUUGGAAUUUAUUGAAAAAAUUAUAAUGCUAGCGAUUUGAUAUGAACAUACAUAAUAUAUAACCACUUUCUGCUGUGAGGUGCGAUAUUUCCAUAGUAAGUUAAUAAUAAAUUAACGCUGAAAGGUUAUGUUGAAGCAUUAGUGUCUGUUUUCGGGCAUUUGUAAUAUUUUACAUAAUUAUGUCCGUUAAAUGUGAACUCUACUUGCUAAAAUUAAAUAUACAAAUAUCAAUAAUAUAAAAAGAGUCGAGCAAAUAUUCACAUAAUUCUUCGACCUACUUUAAGCUUUAUUGGCGAACUUUCGCUUUGUUUGCAAAAAUCUGCUGGGAUUUUAAAAGCGCCUAUAGGCCUAUAUACUAUUACACGUACUGUUAAAGACAUUGGGAAUUGCUGGUGCAUAUGUCAAAUGUUUUGCUUUACCUACUCACUGUACAAGUGCCAUAAUAAUGUUUGUGGAACUGUAAAAUGUAUCGUUAUUUUAUUUUUACCUAUAUUUAUGUAUAAGAUUUAUUCCAUGACAAAGCAUUUAUUUUGAUAAGUGAGGCCUAAUUUUGUAUGAAUUUUUUUCAAGCAAUGUUUACAUACAAUUAUAAUAUAAAAUUUUUCUCUACCAUUGACAUAAUAGAUUCUAGAGGCUUAAAAAAACCGGUUAAAAUCACAAGACUAUCUAAAGGCUCUACAUUUUUCUUAUACGUCCAUAAAGAUGCCAAAGUAGGUUGAAAAACAAACUGCUUAACAGUAUGUUUAGACAUAUCGAACAAUUAUUAUUGACACAUAAUAUAAAUCUUCAAACGUUCGUAUUUAAAAGAUGGCGAAGUCAUGCUUCUUUUUACGAUGUCAAUUUUAAGUUUAAUUUAAGUUGACGAAAAUAGGCUAUGUAGAAGGGACCUAGACGGUAAGCUAAUGCCAACCGGCUUUGUGAUUGUCUAGAUACUGGAUGGGAUCAUAAUGGGAUAGGUUGGUUCGAAAAAGCAUUAUUAGCAUUUUAAGCUGGAAGUACGCAUUUAUGUGCGCCUAGCCUUAAAACUGAUGGGCCAAGAGGGCGUGAAGUAUAUGAUGAGAUGUUUGACGAAUAUUUAUUUGAUAAAUUCUCUUCUUAUUGAAAAUUUUUGAUGUGAUAAUGAUUCUGGGUGGAUUUAAUAAGAGAGGUGACUGAAGCGAGAUAGCAACUGUGCAACCUAAUUAAAACAUUUUGGAAAACAUGCCAGACUUAAUACACCUUUUUUAACAUUGAAAUUAUAACCAAAAUUAUUAUUUUCUUUCUUUGAAGCAGAAUUAAAGACAUUUAAAUUUAAUACAAAUGUAUUAAACCAAAUCAUUAAACAUAAUAAAAAGUAAAUAAUGGAAAAGAGUAGACCUUUUUAAAUUUUUAAAAACGUUAAGGUCCAUAAAGAGUUGUAGGAUGUGUUUAUUAUAUUAUUAUAGGAUUUGCCUUAUCAUAAACUCUUAUAACUAUUUUUUAUAAAUUACUGGCAUCAACUAACAUACAAAAUGCAGCACGUGUUUUUGAUUCAUAAUUAAACUCAACAUAAUAGUUUCAUAAUAAAACUCGCUGUCGCCAAGGUUUUUGCAAAAUUGUUGAGUGAUAUGAAUUUGAAGUGGUGAUUUCAGCUCAAACUGUGUGAAAUAUUUGGUAGGAACUAUUUGUCUUUAACGAUAAUAAUAUGAUGGUAUUGGUAGCAUAUUUUUAAUAAUGCUAGACGAUAUUUAUUUUGAUUUUCUGUUGAGAUUUUAAUGAUAUUAGAUGUUACGCAUUGUAGUCCUAGUACAAGAUUAUAGGUACACCGUUUUAAAAUUUUUACGAGUCGAUCUGAUAGCUACAGUAUACAAAUUGUAUUAAUAUAAUAAAAUAAAAUGAAGUGAAAAAUACUUUCAUAAAUGAUUGAAAUGCCACUUAAUCGAAUCAAUGCUUCUUGCUUUUUGCUAAAAGGUCUGCACUUUUAUCAAUGAGGUUCGCUAUACACUAUGGGUGUACAAUACCCAUAUUAUGGUUGAACUCUUGCCCGAUCCUGCCAAUUCACUGAAUGUGAGUCAGAACUGAAUUUGUACGCAGUAGCUAUCGUGGCGACUCUAUUCAGACGUGGAUUAGAUAUUUUUUACAUCUUUAUAAAAAUAAUGAAUAUGGUGUUUUUUGAAGUUCAGCUUAUUCGGUGCAAUCGGAUACCUGACCGAGUUGUGGCACGGCGUUCGAUAUAUACUCCGGUAUAUUGUGCUUAGUGAUAUUAAUAUGCUCAUAGACCAUAGUUCAGGUGUGAGAUAGGCCUUAGCUCUAGCUAGGUGUUAGUUCUUUAUAAUAUCGUAAGAGAGCGAAGGAGCGAUAGUGCUCAACAGAUGACGACGAUGGUUUUUCUAUUCAUUGUUUAUUCGUAGAUUGUAAAUUCGACUCCUAUCCUGUUAUAAAUAAAUAAACUUUAUUACGUUACUUUGUAUUACUCACGUAAAAUGGCGUAUCCUAUUAUACUGCUAUACUUCGACUUUCUGUAAAUACUUUUUUAGUCAUUAUCCUUAAUACAAAUUAUAUAAUAUCAAGUAGUGAGAUGUUACUAUCGCAAGAGACCGAACUGUCGGUAAAAGACGCAGACAAUUAAUGUCUAAUGAUGAUUUGACCACAUUGCGAUUAAAGUUACUAAAUAUUAAAAUGAUAUGUUAGUUCAAUCGACAGCAUCACAAUUAUCCGCCUACUAUAAUAUGACGCGAGUGUACUAAAGUGGGCGGGGCGGGUAAUUGUGCCUCUGAGUAUAUAAAUAACAGUGUUACAAUGAGGUCUGUUCCAAGGGUUUAGCAAGACAUCGUCUAAGGCUUCGUCACACUGCGAACGGGACGGCGACGCGACCCUGUAGACCUUUUUUGCGCACCACGACGUAUCUCGAGAAGUGAGAAAGAAAUAUUUCGAUCAAUAGCGGCGGAUAUAGCUUUCUCUUUCGUUGUGAUAGGAUAUUUUGGAUUGCGCCGCAAUUGGUUGACAUUGGUCUUUCUUUCGUCUCGAGGUAUGCCGUAGUGCGCAUCUUAGGUCUACUGGCGGGAGAUGCAGUUGCAACUUGUACGUAAUAUAGUUAAUAUUGAACAUGUCAAACAGAGCAGUCGCGCUCGGCGUGACGUACUGUACUAUUUCGACCAAUAGCUUCGACCAAUAACGGCGAAUAUCGCUUUCGAUUUCGUUGUGAUAGUGAUAGGAUAUUUUCGAUUGCGUCGCUAUUUGUUGACAUUAGUUUUUUUCUUGUCUCGAGAUAUGCCGUAGUGCGCAUCUUAGGUCUACUGGCGGGAGGUACAGUUGCAACUUGUAUUACAGUUAAUAUAGAACACGUUAAACAGAGCAGUCGUGGUCGGCGUGACGUACUGUUUGACGUGACGUAAGUUACAACGGCACACGUCACGCUACGUCACUGUCGUCCCGUCUGUUGUGUGGCGAAACCUCAAGAGAUGAUAACUCUAGUGAUAAUAACAUCUCAUUGUUAUCGAGUUAAUACUGAAUACUGAUAUCGUAAUUUAUAACGAAAUGCAUAAUCUUUAUUUAAUGGACAUAUGCCAUGUUUAAACAAUGUGUUAUUUCCCCACACCACAGUAUUGACUUCCGUGUUAAAAUUAGGUAUUUUAUCUAUAAGUGUAUUGCUUAAUUUUGUAUUUUGUGUAGGGUCACGACCCACCUUACCUUACGAUCUUUUGCUUAGUCACGAAGGAUGUGAUUGACAUGUUGGAGGGCAAAGUUCAGACGAUGUAAUAUAUUGUACCUUUGAAUAAAUAUAAAUAAAUACGUAAUAUAUAGGAAA